CCAGUGCAAAAUGCUGAUGGAUGUAUCUUUUCUUGGCUCCCUUGGCAGAAAAACCGCAAGCGACGGAACCGGAAGAAAAAGAAGAAGCAAAAUGCCACCCCCAAAAAUAACCAAGUUGCCCAGGCUGCCAAGGGGCACGGGGAAGAAUCGGGAAGCGAUGCCCCAGUGGAAAUAGAAUAUGUCACAGAAGAGCCAGAAAUCUACGACCCCAAUUUCAUUUUCUUCAAAAGGAUCUUUGAGGCAUUCAAGCUGACAGACGACGUUAAGAAGGACAAGGAGAAGGAGCCGGAGAAGGCAGACAAGGUGGCCAGUUCGGCUGCUCCCAAGAAGAAGGGCUUCGAGGAAGAACGGAAGGACAGCGACGACAGCUCCGAUGACGAGCAGGAAAAGAAGCCAGAAGCCCCCAAACUGUCCAAGAAGAAGCUCCGGCGGAUGAACCGUUUUACUGUGGCUGAGCUGAAGCAGCUUGUGGCCCGCCCUGACGUGGUGGAGAUGCACGACGUGACGGCGCAGGAUCCCAAGCUGCUAGUCCACUUGAAGGCGACCCGCAACUCGGUCCCUGUCCCCCGCCACUGGUGCUUCAAGCGCAAAUAUCUCCAAGGCAAGCGGGGCAUCGAGAAGCCACCGUUUGAACUGCCUGAAUUCAUUAAGCGCACAGGAAUUCAAGAGAUGAGGGAAGCCCUGCAGGAGAAGGAAGAACAAAAAACCAUGAAAUCCAAAAUGCGGGAGAAAGUGCGCCCCAAGAUGGGCAAAAUCGACAUUGAUUACCAGAAGCUGCACGAUGCCUUCUUCAAGUGGCAGACGAAGCCAAAGCUGACCAUCCAUGGCGAUUUGUACUAUGAGGGCAAGGAGUUUGAGACGCGGCUGAAGGAGAAGAAGCCGGGCGACCUUUCAGAUGAGCUGCGCAUCGCCCUGGGGAUGCCCGUGGGGCCGAACGCUCACAAAGUUCCUCCUCCAUGGCUGAUUGCCAUGCAGCGCUACGGUCCGCCCCCCUCCUACCCCAACCUGAAAAUUCCCGGCUUGAAUUCUCCAAUCCCAGAGGGUUGUUCAUUUGGGUACCAUGCCGGGGGCUGGGGUAAGCCUCCUGUGGAUGAGACCGGGAAGCCCCUGUACGGAGAUGUCUUUGGGACCAAUGCUGCUGAAUUCCAGACCAAGACAGAAGAAGAGGAGAUUGACCGGACACCUUGGGGGGAACUGGAGCCCUCCGAUGAAGAAUCCUCCGAGGAGGAGGAAGACGAAGACAGUGACGAAGAGAAGCCGGAUGAGACGGGCUUCAUCACCCCCGCAGAUAGUGGCUUAAUCACACCAGGUGGCUUCUCUUCCGUGCCCGCCGGCAUGGAGACACCAGAACUCAUUGAGCUGCGUAAGAAGAAGAUUGAGGAAGCCAUGGAUGGCAGUGAGACGCCUCAGCUGUUCACAGUUCUGCCGGAGAAGAGGAUGCCAACGGUUGGGGGUGCCAUGAUGGGAUCUACACAUAUUUAUGACAUGGCAACGGUCAUGAGCCGCAAAGGGCCGGUCCCCGAAAUCCAAGGGGUGGAGGUUGCCCUGGCGCCCGAGGAGCUGGAACUCGAUCCCAUGGCUAUGACGCAGAAGUACGAAGAACACGUGCGGGAGCAGCAGGCCCAAGUGGAGAAGGAGGAUUUCAGCGACAUGGUAGCCGAGCAUGCGGCCAAACAGAAGCAAAAGAAGCGGAAAGCACAGCCACAGGACAGCCGAGCUGGAGCCAAGAAGUACAAGGAAUUCAAGUUCUGAAAUGCCUCCUCCCUUCCCCUCUGUUUUUUUAAAACACCUAUCCCAUCUCCCUGCUGCCUACCUAAAACUUCCCCUCUGUUUUUUUGCGUCUUUGUGGUUGGAGUUCGGGUGUGGAAUUAUUUUGUAAAUAAAAGUCAGAGACUCUGGA